GAAAAGGGCGCCGGCUGGGAUGAAGAUGUUCCAUUACAGAGCCGCAUGGAGCCCGGUCUUUUUUCCAGUGAAUGCUCCCUGAUUGAUAAAAAGUGCAAAUUUAAAAGAAAUCGGAAGAGGACUAUGAAAUUUGCACUCGCUUUUACGUUGGCAAUUGAGUAUUUCUCAUACUGCCUACAGUAUAAAAAAUAUUCAAUUGCCAAAAUAACCUCCAAACCUCCAAACUGGAUUAAGGCCGGAUGUGGAAGUAUGGGGUCGUCAGAUGGCAAAGACUUAGCUUAUGAGAUAGCCGCUGUUUUGGAGCUGCUUGAUGCUUACGCUUCAAUGCGGAAAGCCAAAGCUGAUCAGGGCAAGCCGACUGAAGAAGCGUGCGGGGUGUAUGAUCUUGGCGCCCUACUUGGCAUGGAUGAUGACGCACUGGCGUCGUGUUUGAGACGCAUUGAUGGACAUCGAUGGACCAAGAAAUUUGAGGAGGUCGCUGUCCCAACAUUUGCCGAAUUCAUGGCGCAUUUUGAUCUUGGUCACCGAGCACUGGCAACAUCCAGUCGGACAUCGCUGAAAAAUAAGUAA